UCGCAUGGCGCAUGCGCUGUGACUUGCACCAAAAAAGCUAACCUUUCACAGCAGAAAUUUUGCUUAUUUUUCAUAAAACGCAAGGAGUAAUUCUAUUUUUAAUGUCGAAUUCGCAAAAAUAAAGUGAUGGUCUACACGUUAAAGACACCGAACUAAUCAUCGCGGUCGGACAGAUUCUUUGUGUUUGUGUGUGUUUUCAUUUGUGCGUGGGCCCCCCACAUAUGCUUGACAAUGUUUUCAAAUGGUAUAGCGUGUAAUUUGCCUUUCAGUUGUAUGAACGUAACGAGAGACUCAGGCUCCGAUGAACUACUGCCGAGCAAAAUGGCCCGCGAGCCGGUCGUCCUCAACGUUUACGACAUGUACAAAGUGAACGAGUACACCGCCAACAUAGGCCUUGGAGUGUUCCAUUCGGGCGUCGAAAUAUUCGGCGUCGAGUACGCGUACGGCGGCCACCAAUUUCCGUUCACCGGCAUUUUCGAAAUAGACCCCAGAGACGAUAAAGAAUUAGGCGAACAGUUUCGGUUUAGGCAGUCCAUACAAAUCGGGUACACGGAUUUCACCGAGGACGACGUGAAGCGUAUUAUAAACGAAUUGGGAAAGGAGUUUAGAGGAGACCGAUAUCAUCUAAUGAACAAUAACUGUAAUCAUUUUUCCGGAGCGUGCACGAAAAUACUCUGCGGUCGAGACAUACCAGCCUGGGUGAAUCGACUCGCCUACUUCAGCAGUUGGGUGCCGUUCUUGGAAAGAUGCCUGCCUAAGGAGUGGCUGACGCCGAUGGCGCUACAGUACUCGCUGAGUCACCGACACGGCUCCACCUGUUCAGAAUCGUCACCCUGUAACACUCCAUCCUACUAACGAUAGAAUUAUAUGAUUUCGCCAAAUCUAAUGUAAUUAUUAUGAGUGAUUAGUAUUUCUUGAUUAGGAAGUUCACCUUUUUUGUACCAAAGACGCAAAGUCAAUAGUACGCUAAGAAAGGAUUAUUUUUUAAUAUUUAUAAAGCCGCAAAAAUUGUGAAGUAAUUUAUUUAUUAUUUAUUCGAAUUAAAAUCGUAUUUAAAAAGUAUGUUAAUUACAAUUAAAUAUAAUAUCGUUAAGUCAAAGUUUCAAUAAAGACUGGAAUAUUAUACAUAGUUAUAUAUAAAUUUUGUUGAAUGUUCAAAUGAAAAUAAACGAAUAUUGAAGUUU